UAACUCUUGCCAAGUCUCGCCGCCCGCCGCCGCCGCGGCUCGCGGGCCUUGGGCUUCCCCCUGAAGCAUGAGCCUUUCGCCCCGCAGCCGCCAACGCCGCUCGGGUCGCGGACGGUGCGCGCCGGGGCGCCGGGCGCGUGGCCUCAGCAGCCCCUGCGCCCCGAGCCCGGAAGCUUGCGGCAGGGGAUCUGGGGGUGACGGUGUCUGCGAGAGACUUUGCCACACCAUUCUGCCGGGAUUUGGAGAGAGAGACCCAGCCGAUUCCAGUCCCCUCCCCCUCCGCCACCAUUUCGGACACCCCGCACGGACUCGUCCUGGGGUACCCCGUGACUUCCAGGAAGGGCGAGAGGUCCUCUGGCCCCAGCUCGGGCGACCACCUGUCUCUGACGAGUUGACUCAUCUCCCAUGACCCUGCGGUGCCUGGAGACGUCCGGGAAUGGCGCGGACAGGACGCGGAGCCACUGGGGGGCCGCGGGGCCGGCCGAGGAACCGUCCCCAGAGGCGGCGCGACUGGCGAAGGCCCUGCGCGAGCUGAGCCAGACAGGAUGGUACUGGGGAAGUAUGACUGUUAAUGAAGCCAAAGAGAAAUUAAAAGAGGCGCCAGAAGGAACUUUCUUGAUUAGAGAUAGCUCACAUUCAGACUACCUACUAACCAUAUCUGUAAAGACGUCAGCUGGACCGACUAACCUGCGGAUUGAGUACCAAGAUGGGAAGUUCAGAUUGGAUUCUAUCAUAUGUGUCAAGUCCAAGCUAAAACAGUUUGACAGCGUGGUUCAUCUGAUUGACUACUAUGUUCAGAUGUGCAAGGAUAAACGGACAGGCCCGGAAGCCCCUCGCAAUGGGACUGUUCACCUGUAUCUGACCAAACCCCUGUAUACAUCAGCACCAACUCUGCAGCAUUUCUGUCGACUCACCAUUAACAAAUGUACCGGUACCAUCUGGGGACUGCCUUUACCAACGAGACUAAAAGAUUACUUGGAAGAGUAUAAAUUCCAGGUAAAUUCUGUGAAGGAUGCUGUCUCAGUCACUGUCCCAGCGCUGUGAAGAGACACCAUGACCAAGGCAACUCUCCUAAAGGAAAGCAUUAAUUGGAGACUGGCUUACAGGUUCAGAGGUUUGGUCCAUCACCAUCAGAGUGGGGAGCACACAGGCAGGCAGGCUUGGCCCUGGAACUGAGGGCUUUAUCUCCUGAUCCACAGGCAGAGGGGAGAGGUGGGGACACCUCAAAGCCCACUCCUGACCACACAGUCCCUCCAACAAGGCCAUACCACCCAGUUCUUCCCAACAGGCUAACUGGGGACCAAGCAUGCAAAUAUAUGUGUCUGUGGGGGCCAUUCUCAUACAAACUACCACUGUGCAUCCACCAUACUAGGCUGGGUACUGCUGCAAAGCAGACAGCCCAAGACGCUUGAUGGCUCAAAACGGCAGAGGUUUAUAUCUUAAAAAUCACGGGGAGUCCUGAGUCCGAGUCUGACAGGCCAACAGCAAGGCGCUUCUUAGUCACUAGUCUGAUGAUGCAGCCGUCCUUGGAUGAUUCUGGAAUGCUGAGCCGAUGGGAGAGGAAAACCCAAAACAUCUACCACAUUCACACUUACCAAUACCUCAACUACUCUUAGCACAUGGGCUGGGAUGCAUCAAAUGGCCCCUCUCCCCCUAAGAGGGCAGGCAGUGUAACCCUCCCCUGUCUCCAAGGAGAAAAGAAAUGCUUGGUGAAUGAAUGGUCUUAACCACCUCAGAUACCAUGCCACGUACUGGAUGCCCUUCUUUUCUCUCCCACAUAGCUUAAAUUGGCCCUGGAGCUUUGCAGGACACAUAUGGAUUCUUGAGUUGUGUCCCUAACUUCCCUUUGGCCUUUCAGAGUCUUUGCAAGUAGUGGAAGCUCCCUUCUUUUCUGAGUCAUCUGUGAGCAAAAGGGAAAGGUCCGGAGCCUUAAGGUUGAGCCAUGCAUUAUGAAGAACUGAGCUCUUCAGUAAUGUCUUGUUUCUUACAAGUUUUCUUUCUUUUUAGAUAUCAUAUCAUGUGGCACAGGCUGACCUUGAACUUGCUCCAUAGCUGAGGCUGGCCUUGAACUCCGGAUCUUCCUGUCUUUACCUCCCCAGUGCCGGGGUUAUAGACAUCCUUUACCAUGCCCAACUUUUUAUUUUUUAAUCAAUUUUCAGCCGAACAUGAAGCUUCCUUAGGCACAUUACAAAUGAAAUGAACUUUUAUAUGCUGAAUUGAUAACUAAUCACUGAUCUUAAGUUGCUCUUGUGAGGACUGUAGUCUAAUUUCCAACAACUAAAUUCUAUACUCUAUUUUGGAGUACAAGUAGUUUGGGUCUUUUUCUACAGAAAGCUGUAUAAUCAGAAUAACAUGCUAUGUCUCAACAGACAGCCAUCCUAAGCUGAAUUCUUGUAUUUCUGGGUCUCACAAGAUCCAUGUAAGUGAGUGCAUGGAGAUGCACUUACUUUAAAGCUUUCCGGACAGAAUUCAGGUUUUCUUUAAUGCUGCACGUCAGUUUUUCGGUACUAACCUGGACUGGAAACAUUUGCACUAUUGGCUUCUCCCUCUUCACUUUUAUCUCUUUUGUUUGUUUUAUUUAGUUAUUUCAUCCAUCUUCACACAGUCAGCCCACAAAUAUUUACUAAACAUCUACUGGAUCACACGUGAGACAGGGCCCUGGGAAAGUUAAAAGAGCACUGUCUGUUCUUAAGCAAAUCACAAUACCAAAAUUACAGGAUAGGGGCCUGCCCCCCUCUUUGAGGGGUGAGCUUCAAGACUCCAGGGCAGCGGAUCUCAGCCUUCCUAACGCUGUGACCCUGCUGGUCCUCAUGCUGUGGUGACCCCAACCGCACAAUUAUCUCGGGGCUGUUUCAACACUGUGAUUUCACUUCUGUUACGAAUCAUAACGUGAAUGUCUGAUAUGCAGGAUACCUGAGAGGCAAGCACUGUGGAAGGGUUGUUCAAGCCCAGGGUUUGAGAGCCAUAGGCUGAGAACCACUGCUCCCGCAGAUGUUUGAAGUCAGGGAUGGUACGGGCUGUGUUUCAUACAUACACACACACACACACACACACACACACACACACACCCCUAUAGGAAGAUCUCACUUAUGAAUAGACACAGUAUAAAACUGACAACAGCUAAUAAUAAAAGAGAAUAAUUAUAACAGCAUACCAGAAGAGAAGCUGUUUAAGACUUAGAGCAGCAGGGGGUGGUUCAUGCCUUCAGUCCCAGCACUCAGGACACAGGGGAAGGCAGAUCCCCGCAAGGUCAAUCUACAUAACAAGUCCCAGGCCAGUAAGGGUUACAUAGUGAGACCCUCUGUUGAAAAUAAUUAAGUAACUAAAUAGGUAAUAAUAAAACUGUAGCAGAAUAUUUACUUGUCUACCUUGAGCAAGGCCCUGGUUCAAUUCCUAGCCCCACCGUGACAACAGCCAACCCCAAAACAAGACAAACCCAGGAAACAGGUGCACGGGUGGUUUCCUUGUCAUUGUCUCCUGGACAAUGUAACAGCUGUUUGAUAUAAGUGUGUGCCAACCUAAGUGAUCCAGAGAUGAUUCAAAGCCUGUCCUUGAGUUAUAUGCAAAUGCUCUGUCAUUUGCAUAGGGGUGUGUACAUCUGAGGUUUGGGGCAUCUUGAACAAGGUCCUGGAGCCAACCCUCCUCUGAUACACAAAGAUACUUGUAGAUUAGAAGAGCAGUGCACCCUAGGAGGGAAUGCCUAGAUUUGUUUGAGGAAAUCAAGGAAGACUUCCGGGAGGAGGCAACUUCCGGCCUGAGACUUAGAAGAUGAGGUGGCCUGCCUGACAGACUGGAGGACAGAUAAGCAGGAAGGGCUCUGCCCGCCUUUCAGGAUUGUUAAAUGUUUACUGGGGAAAUGAAAACAGUGAAGGCCUUUUGAGUACAGAGUGAGAGCCUCAAGCAUGGGAUCCAAGGCCUUCAGCCCCAUAAGUGGAUUCGCAAGGGACCCAAAGCUAGACUGCUUGGGGUCCUGAGCUUGACUAGAAAAACAGUUUACACGCCCACCGUCAGGAUCUUCUAAAGGAGAAGCAGCCGUCCUUCAAAUGCGAGCCUAGCAACAGCUGAGGUGGAAUUCGCAGCCCUUGUGAGAUUAUUACCCAUGGAAACCUGGGAUUUUGAAAUGGGAUCAUGGUUAUCGCUUACACCGCAAAAUACCUUUCAUACUUUAAAAAGACAAACCGAAUUUAAUAUGGAUAUUAGAACUACCGCAGUUAUCCUGUUAUUUAAGGAGUCAACAAGAAGCCCGUGUAUCAUCAUCGUGUCACAACUUACAAAAAGGUUUCACGUUUACAUUUUGAUCCCAUUCGCUCAUCUGUUGUGUGUGUGUGACUUCAGUACGUUUUCCUGAGAAGGCCCUAUGGCUUUCCCGGUGCUUCCCAGACACCCGCACUCUCACGGGCAGGGUUUGUGGAAGGCGGCGGAGACAGUGAGUUUAUGGACAGGUCAGGGAUGCCCAGAAGAACCUCCCCGUGCCCCUCAAGCGUCUGGUGGGGGUAACGUUCUUUGUGUUUUAAAAACAUUUCUUUUCCUUUUAGAGAUUAUAAUAUAAUUACAUCAUCUUCUGCUUGCUACCCCUCCCCUCAGGUCCUCCCAUGCAGUCCUCCUCCCUCUCAAAGAUGGUUCUCGUUUUAAGGUCACUGUAUCAUUUAUCAAUUCUCAACAUCAGUUUCAGAAGCUGCAGUUGCAAAUAAAAACCACAUUUACACAA